AUGCACCUGACACGCUAUGCAAAGCACUCCUUUGCCGCGUCGGAAGAAGAAGGCCUUAGUGCCCGAUUCGCGCCGCUAGAUGAGGAGAACAGACUACGUGCAGUGCAAGACCUUUUAUCUUUCUCCAGACGUCAAGGUGAGACCAUAGAUGCGUUGAUAUCAAGGUUUGACAUCACCCGUCAGAUGGCCCACCGUGAAGGAGGAGGAGCCAUCUCAAUCGAAACAGCUGCGCUGAUCCUACUCCGUGCAUGCGCAGUGACAAGCGAGCAGUUUCAGACGUUGACGCAGCCUUUCGGACUGCGAUUGCCGAUGUCAGACCCCGAGUCUCAGCAGAUGUGCCAUCAUUUGCGAAGAUUGGCUCACAUCGUGGAACGCCAUCCGAAUAACAUUGCGUCAGGACUGCGACAGCAUUCACACUUCAGUCAGACGUAUCUUGCAGAGGCCGACACUGGUUCUUCCCACUCAAGUGAGCCGUGGCUCCACCAACCUCGCAGUGGUGAUUGGAGCAACCCCGGAGGCAUGGGGUCGUUGAACCAGACGGAUUGGGCCUUUCAGGCAACUGUGACUGAAGGAGGCUACUCGGAGACUGACUCUGCUACGAGCAGCGACCAAGACGAGCCCAUCGCCAUGGACGACUUGCAAGGCAUGACGAACAGUCAAGCGGAUGAGUACUUGUUUGGUCAAUAUCAGCAAGCCAAGAAGAGGUGGCGACGCUUCACUGGGAAGCCUGUUCGAGCCCUGAGGCGAACGUUGCACAGAAAAGGCAAAGGCAAGGGCAAGCGAGGAAGGACGGUGAGCCUUUGCGUUGCAGCACCUGCGGGUCAGCGUACCAUCUGCGUGCAAGAUGCCCUCGUAGGAGCGACGGUGCGCCUGGCCCCACCGUUGCGAACAGCUGAUGUGCAAGGACCGAGCGGCAGUCUUGGCAGCACAAUGCAACAGAACAUCGCACAGGUUCAGGCCCACCAACUGCAGUCUCGCAAUCCAUCACGCUCGCACCGGGGCAGCGACUCAGUGCCCUCAGUGUUCAUGCAGUUCUCCGGCAUUGCUCACAACACGCCCUAUCAGGAGGCUUCGCAGGCGCAUGCAGGAACCAUGUUUCAGCAAUCCCAAGUGCCAACUUUCCAGGCAGCCCCAGUAGCUCCCCCCUACACUCAGCUCACCUCCAUGUUUGGCCAGGUGCACGCGUUGCGGUCUGAGGAAAGUGCUUCUCGCGCCGCUGCGAGACAGUCCAUAGCGGCUGGGGGAGCUGAGCAUACCGAUGCCGAGGAGCCAAGGCGCUCAGCCUUUCAGGGCUUCGUGUCGUCGUGCACGGUGUGCUUAGAAGAGUUCAGCCCUGGGGAUGAAGUUUGCAGGAUGCGAUGCGGACACGUUUUCCACACCAUGUGCGUGGGUGAGUUAGCAGCUCAGAACGAGAUAGAAGUAGACCCUCAGGGCUUGGUCCGCAUUGUGUGCCCGAACUGUCGCACCACGACGCAGGUGCUUCGAGCAUGGAGAUAUCCAGCUCUGUCAGGCAUGCACACUCCGCCAACACAGGAGUCAGAUGCUCAAGCCGAGCCCGAUAGUGGAGGCACGCCUGUCAGAGAUGGGGAAGGUUUGAGAGACGAUGACGAAGCGCCAGAGGUGCCCACGGAGGCGCGUGUUCCAGAUGCCGAGGAUCCGUCACUUGACAUUCCUUCUGCAUUCCCGUGGUGGCCAGUUCCAGAGCAUUGCUGCGACCCGCCUGAAGCGGUGCAGGCCACUGCGUACCACAGCAAUGUAAGACUCGCCGAUGGCAGAGUGGGACUCCUAGUAGACCCAGGAAGCUAUGGCAACCUUGUUGGAGCCCAGUGGCUGGAAGAAGCAUCCAGGCAAAUGCCACACCUGCCCAGUAUGACCACACGCGCUCAGCCUCUCCAAGUGGGUGGAGUUGGCAAGGGCGCGCAGGUGUGCAGAGAAGAUUGCCGUCUGCCCAUUGCCAUGACACGCCAAGAUGGGAGCAUCACCACUGGAACCUUCUCGAGCCCUGUCGUACUUCAGAGCGGAUGUCCGGCUCUCCUUGGCUUGAAGGCUCUCCAGGACAACCGUGCCAUCUUGGAUCUCGGCAAGAAACAGUUGCAUUUCGUUGGUCAAGGCGAGCCUACGUUAGUCCUUCCCCCAGGUUCAGAAACCUUUCAGCUCGAGGCGGCGGUCAGCGGUCACCUGCUGUUGCCGUGCGCAGCGCGAGGGCCAGCGUCUGCUGGAGAACACCACCUGUUCUCUGAGAGUGAUGCUGCAGAAUGCCACUUAGUCUCUCCGGCCGGGGAGCGUAGUGAACACGAGCGAAUCUGCCAGGAAGCAUGUGCCUGCUUUGACCCCGUGAAAGCAAUGCAGGUCGUUGUGGACAUUGCGUGCAAGCUGCAUCAGGGUGAAGGGACAUCCAGCAGUCAGCGGUUUGAGGGUUCCCAGGGUUUGAGCCUCUGUUUUGGUGCAUACACCUAUGGAGGCAAGCAGGGUAUAACCAAAAUCACAGCUGAGCGUCCCUGGCUAACUCAACUCAUUUGCAGAACGCUUGCGCACGCAGUGCCCGCUGAAGAGUACACCUCGUUCAUGCUGUUGAAGGACAGUGAGGCGCCCAUGCACAUUGACAAGUACAAUCACGGCAAGAACAUUGUCCUGCCCCUCAAGCUACCGCCACAUGGCGGAGGCUUGUGGGUUGAGCUUCGCCCAGGGGAUAAAGUGUCCGGUGAAGUAGCUGUGCACCAUGAUGGAAGCACUCAUGUUGCAGGACAGGUGUUCAAGCUGCAAGUCGGGGUUCCUCAAACGUUCUGUCCAAAAGCCAGACAUGCAACGGAGCCCUGGACACGAGGCCACCGUGUUGUAAUUGCUGCGUACACAACCGGAGGCUACGCAAGACUUGCAGCCCCCGAGGCACGCGAGUUGACAAGCCUGGGAUUUGCCAUGCCGUCAGGCAGUGUGCGACAAGUCCAAGAAGCACUCCUCGCAGAAUCCCAGUCAUCCCAAGACAGUCCUGUGCAUUCCAAGCCUUUGCAGCAAGACCAACAAGUCCAUGAAGCAGCCCAAGUAGAAUCCAAGUCAUCCCAAGAUUGGUCUGUGCAUUCCAAGUCCUCCGAGACGCGACCAACAGGCGCUAGUGCAAGCAGCGCUAAGCAUCGCAGAUCCAGUUGUAUGACUGUGAUCCGCAGAGUGCUCCUAAUUUCCUUGUUCCACUCCAGUGCAUCAGCGUUUCUGUCUCAAGGGUGGGAACCGACGCGGUUCAGGCCCUUAGAGUUGCUGAGGUCAGGCUUCGACGACGCAGUGUCCCGGCUGAAGCAGGACGAAUACAGUGCCCUGUGGGUGGACUUAGCCGACGCACGCCACUUCGGGGGGCAGGAGCGCACGUCACAGAUUUGUAGCAGACUUGCAGUUCUCUUCACUUGGGCAGAACGGCAAGCAGUGCCGGUCAUCCUUGCCGCCAGUCGACGUACAGCAUGGAACCAUCCAGGUUUUAAGCAAUUAGUAGACCGAGGUCAAUUUUACACAAGCCACCAUUCUUGGUGUCGGCUAGGCGCUCGCAUCAGCGCAGCGACCAGUGCGGAGAGACACAAGGUGCUCUCGACAAUCAGGUUGCCCAACCAUGACUGCCGCUGUUCCACUGAGAUUGAGCAUGUGUUUGAUCUCGACGAUAAGUCUCCCGGCAGUGCUAAAAUCCGAGCCCAAGCCGAACAGACAGUGGUGGCCAGCAUUGUUGCCGCCCUUGGCCGAGUGUUGGACGCUGGUCAGGGGUCCCCAAAACCAUCCGACCCGGUUGAUGCAACGUCAUUUUCCACAAGCACCACGACAGACUUUGUCUGUGCAACUUGUGGCCUGAUGCAAGCAGGUCCAGGUUGCCGUUUUUGCGAUGCAGAUUCUAUUCGGACAUUUUCCGUGCUGAGCCCAGCGUCGCCUGCAAGUUCUAGCAAUCAGGAGCCAUGCAAGGUCGAGCCGCAAGCCCCUAACGAUUGCUACCCAACUGAAUCCAAGUUAAUGCAAAGGCAGAAACAGAAGGCUAACAAGGCCGCAGGCAUCGAGCCCACUGUACAGCGUAGACACAAGCAUGUAGAGCAGCAUUUCGACGACUGUGGUGAAGACCUGUCAAGCCUGAGCUUUCCUGUCGCAGGCAAUCUGCUGGACGACUCAGACAGCUCAGGUGAUGACGCAGGCCAAAUUGCUGAUGCCCUUGUGAACAGGCAGCUGAAUGCCUUUGAGACAUGGACUAGAUGCGGCAGCACAGGUGAUCAGGUCCCAGCCUUUACACCUGAAACAGUCGUUGCCGUGGAUGUUGAUGAAAUGCAGUCCAUACUGUCGAGUGCCUCGUACACCUCGUGGGGAGUCGAGAUAGUUGAGCUGUUUGGCGGCCAGGGACAGACAUCACGAUUGUGCGUCCGGCGUAAGCUGCGUGCAGGUCACAACUUUGAGUUGCUUACUGGGGUCAAUCUCGCAGAUCCAGUUGCCCAACGUAAGGUACUGGGGUACAUAAGCAUCGCUAAGCCCUUAGUGGUUGUAAUGGCCCCGGUUUGUUCACCCUAUGGACCACUUGGCAACUGGAAUCGCAUCAUCAACCCCGGAGCUUGGCAACAGUCAGUCGGCAAUGCCGAGCCAUUAGCCGCGUUCAGUGGCCGAGUUGCUGAGGUGCAGCUCACACAGCAGCGGUAUUUCCUAAUCGAACAGCCGUAUCCCUCCAAGCUUUAUGAGGUAGAUCCGUGGCCGAAGGUACGCCAACAUCCGAAAUGUGUCCGUGUAGUCUUUCAUCAAUGCAUGCUGGGACAGUCUGUGCAGGGCCUUUUGGCCAAGAAGCCAACAGAGCUGGUUGCCAAUCAUCGGUGUCUGAUCGCAGCAUUCGAAGGACUCCAAUGCGACAACAGCCAUGCGCAUGCCCAGUUGCUAGGAGGAAGAGCGCACCAGACCCAACGUUGGCCCGUGCAGAUGUGCAGCAAAAUAGCUCACGGCAUCAAUAUCCUGACGCGCAAGCUUGUGCACGAAGGUGCCCUUGCGGGAAACGUGUGCAAGAAGCGAGCAACAGGUGAUGCCUAUGUGGCAGGCUGUGUGUAUCCUUCCGUCUCCGCAGGCACUGAUGAAGCAGGGGACUCACAGCAGCCAGAAUCCUCUGAGGCGUGGCGUGGCUGUAAGGGAUGUCUCUGGAGGCUGCACAGGGGUGAUCCCUUGCACUCUCGAGUGCGUGGAGUUUGCAAGUACCCAGAUGAUGAAACCUUCAUUUUUGACUGCCCCGGCUGCAAGGCCAGAAAGAACAGGCUGAGCCCACUGCUGGUGUCACAGCGUCUCUGGGUGCUAUACUGGAUUGACACGAGAUCCAUGCUAGCAGAUGCUUUGACCAAAGGCAGUUGCAGCCGUGAGCUGAUCACUGCAGCAAUGAGUGGCAAUUUGCUGAUGCCACAGCCAUAUGAAAUUCAAGAGAUCCGAAGAUGA